GCCGGACAUGACCUACUGCUGGACCCAUGGUACCAGCAAAAACCGACGCCAUACCAGCGCCACUCCCCUCCCCGCCUAGUCCCCAUACCUCGGCCAUUGCCGACACCGGUUGCACCGGCCAUUACAUCACCAUCAACUGCCCCCACACCGACAAACGUCCUGCGAAUCCCAGCCUUGCCGUCCGUGUCCCUAACGGCGCCGUCCUCCGCUCAAGCCACAUUGCCACCCUGGCCCUCCCUGGCUUCUCCCCUUCCGCUUGCCAGGCCCACAUCUUCCCCGGGCUUGCCUCGCACCCACUCAUUUCGAUUGGGCAACUUUGCGACGACGGCUGCACUGCCACUUUCUCAGCCACUAGCCUCGAGAUCCACCGCGACACCACACUACUCCUCUCCGGCACUCGUGCACCCACAACCGGCCUCUGGCACCUCGAUCUUACCCCUGCCCAGCCUCCUGCCACCGCCCACGCUCUUGUUCCCAACACCCCCAUUGCUGACCGCAUUGCUUUCGUUCAUGCCUCGCUCUUCUCCCCGACUCUCUCAACCUGGUGCCAGGCCCUCGACUCCGGCCAUCUUACGACUUUUCCAGAACUUUCCUCCCGCCAAGUCCCCGAACGGGCCAUCCGCACCUUCAAGAACCACUUUAUUGCUGGUCUCUGCACCACUAACCCGGAUUUUCCCUUGCACCUUUGGGACCGCCUCCUUCCCCAAGCCCUCAUUACCCUCAAUCUUCUUCGUCGCUCCCGCAUCAAUCCCAAGUUGUCCGCCCACGCACAACUUCACGGUGCCUUCGACUACAACCGCACCCCGCUCGCUCCCCCUGGCACUCGCGUCUUAGUUCAUGUCAAGCCUGCUGUUCGCGAAACCUGGGCCCCCCAUGCUGUUGAAGGUUGGUAUCUCGGCCCCGCUCUCAACCAUUAUCGCUGCCAUCGCGUCUGGAUCACGGAAACACGUGCCGAACGUGUUGCUGACACCCUUUCCUGGUUCCCGACCCGCAUUCCCAUGCCCGCCGCUUCGUCCACCGACCGCGCCCUGGCCGCCGCCCGUGACCUAGUCCAUGCCCUCCAGCAUCCUUCCCCUGCGUCUCCGUUUGCCCCCCUUGAUGCCACCAAGCACCAGGCCCUUACCGACCUCGCCAAUCUCUUUGCCACUGUGGCCGCCCCAGCCGACGACGUCCCUGCACCCGCUCCGGUGCCUCCGGUCCGUCCCCCUGCCCCAGCAACCCCCCCAGCUCAGCACUUCCGAGGGUGCCCGUUCCUGCCGCAGCACUUCCGAGGGUGCCCCCCAUGGCCACCUAUCACUCUCGCACCGGUAACCCCGGCCGUCGCCGCCGCACAGCACGCAAACAAACGGCAACCCCAACCCUAGUUCCGGCGCAUCCCCACAACACCCGCACCCGACCCUUUCUUGUCCCGGCCUCCGCCAACGCUGUUGUCGACCCCGCAACCGGCGCCUCAUUGGAAUAUCGGCACCUGCGCUCCGGCCCCGACGCUCCCGAUUGGAUUCGCGCCGCCGCCAACGAAAUUGGCCGCCUCACUCAAGGUAACCCGCCCCACAGUACCACCGGUAGCCAGACUAUGCACUUCAUCGCGCAUAAUGCCAUUCCUCCCGGUCGCAAGGCAACCUACUUGCGCAUUGUAGCCAGUAUUCGCCCUCAGAAAUCGGAACCCAAGCGCAUCCGCUUUACCGUUGGCGGCAACUUAGUUCAGUACCCAGGAAAGGUUAGCACCCCAACUGCUGACAUCACCACAGCCAAGAUCCUCUUCAAUAGCGUCCUCUCCACGCCCGCCGCCAAGUUUAUGUGUAUUGACAUCAAGGAUUUCUAUCUUGGCACCCCCAUGGCUCGGUACGAAUACAUGCGCAUCCCGGUUCCCGAUAUCCCUCCCACCAUCAUGGCUCAUUACCAGUUAGCUCCACUCAUUCACAACAACUCUGUUACCGUCGAAAUUCGCAAAGGUAUGUACGGCCUUCCCCAAGCCGGUAUUCUCGCCCACGAUCGUCUUGUUGAACACCUUGCUUCGCACGGCUACGUUAAGACGAAGCAUACCGCUGGCCU